GGGAGAGCACGAGCAGGCGCGGCGCGGCGCGGCCCGGCACGGCGGCAUGGCCCCGGGCCCGAUGGGGAACGGCUGUUCCCUGGGGGUGCCUCGCAGAUGAGAGUCACCCCAUCCCUGGAGCACAGGUGAGGUGGGGGUCUCGGGGAGGGCAGCAGCUGGGACGGUCCCACUGCGGUGGCGCCAUGGCUGUGCAAACCUAGCCAGGCUUGGGGGUGCUGGACGUGCAGCUUUGGCCCUGAGAGGAAUGGCAGUGAUAACCUGGGGGUGUCGGAUUGGGGGAGGAGGGCGGGGUCAGCCCAUCCCUAAAUCUUUCCUUCCAAUCACACCGCUGUGAUCCUCUAUCACCAAAAAACCUUUGUAUGUCAUGGGGCCGCCACCUCCUCUCCUUCAUCUUCCUCUUCAGCCCCCAAAUGCCAUCUCCUUUGAAGACAAAGCCGGCCCUGGGGCUGCUGCAGCUCUGCUUGGUGCUGCAAACCUGGCGAGAUGGAAGGGCUGGAGCAGCCCGCUUGAGGGCGAAAGGGCUGUCAGCUUCAUCCUGCUGAGACCCGGGGGCACCUGGGCACAGGUGGGCUGCACUGGGGCACUGCACAGCCCCAGCACCGCUGCCGGCCCAGAGAGGACGGAGCUCUGGCAGGCAGAAAGGGAGCUCAGAGAAAUCAGGUCACGCUCCCCUGGUGCCAGGGCUCUGGCUGGGCUCACCACGUGGCGAUUAGGGACAAGGGUCCUUCUGCAGGAUGUUUUGCACAAUUUCCCCUUGUUUUGCAAUUUCUAAGGGCUUAGGAGAGAAGAAAAGCCCUGUGUUUUUCCCCGAGCCCCUUUGGCUCACCCACCCAAGUUCCCCUCCGCAGUCCAUCCCGUGCCCCAUCCCCAAAGGGCAGCCCGCAUUCCAGAUAUGCGUCCUGAGGUUGUUCCCAGCCCCCUUUCUGUCUCUGGCCAUCCUCCCUGUGUGCCACCAGCUGCACCCACAGCAAGGGGAAAGCUUCAUCCCCACACCACACCCCGUGCAUCCACAAAAGAGGCAGGGCAGGACUGAACAUCAUUUCCCUGGCCCUGCAUCAUCCCCUGCCAGCUCCCAGCUGGGCUCAGAGCCUCACCACUGCAGGUGGUCCCUCCAGCAAAGUGCACAGAGAAAGCAGUGGCCGGAAGAGCCUCGCUGGGGCUGUGCUCGAGGAACACGAGCAGCAGUGACGUGUCCUGGCGGUGGAUGGGCGUAAAUCAGAGCCCUUUAAACCACUGCCUUUGAUUGUGACUAAGAUGAGGAAGUAGGAAACCUUGACUGCUGAGAUUAAGAUUGUCAGAUGCCAUCUUCUUUUGCAUUUUGGUUUGUCAGUGGUUUUCCCAAGGGCAGCUUGCUCAGGAGCAGCCAAAUCACGCUGCUGCAUGCAGCCGGCCUCAGGCUUCCCCUGUCUUAUCAUCUGCCCUCUGCACCGAGCCGGCCAGCACCGCAUUUUCUUUGUGCAUUUCUUGCAUCAGAUGUCAUUUUUUUUUAAAAUUGAAUUAUUCAGAUCAUCCUCAUUUGUUGGCAGCUUUGCAGAGAUUGCUCGUGAUGGCUGCAACCUGCAGCACCGCCGCUCUUAUAGGGCUCUGUGCUGCGCUGCUCUGCCCUCUGCCAUCCACAGAGGGUAGGAGAGGAGAACGGACCCCCUGGUCCGUGCUGCCCCCGUUGGCAUUCCCAGUCCCUAGCAGGAGAGCAGAGCGAGGUCCCGCUGUUAAUGUUUGAUCAGGGCCUGCCUCCUGCUCUCUGAACUCAUCCCGUCAUUAAGCUGUCCGCAGCAGGAAGGGGUGGUAGGUUUGGGCCCAAAGCUGCACUCAGCCCAGAACUCAAACAAAUUGCUGGGCUGCGUGCGGAGCCGGGGCUGGUCCUGGUGCCAUUCGUUAGUUUAUCAUCAUCUCUGCAAACAGCGGGGUGUCUCUGCGGGACGAUGGCUUAACAGAGCCACGGAUGCGCCCUGGAGAGAUCCCUGCCAGCUGUGCUCGCUGCGAAGGAAAGCGCUCUGGCUGGGAGAACAUGGACGCUCCGGUGAGGAUGUUCUCACUUGCCCCGUGGACGCCGACGCCGACCCCCUGGCUGGGAGGGAAUACGACCGCCACGGCAGAGGCCAAGUGCGUCUUCAACGAGGAGUUCAAGUUCAUCCUGCUGCCCAUCUCCUACGGCAUCGUCUUCGUGGUGGGUCUGCCCCUCAACUCCUGGGCCAUGUGGAUUUUUGUCUCCAGGAUGAGGCCCUGGAACGCCACCACCACUUACAUGUUUAACCUAGCCAUCUCUGACACGCUCUAUGUCUUCUCCCUCCCCACCCUGGUCUACUACUACGCUGACCGCAACAACUGGCCCUUCGGGGAAGUGUUGUGCAAGAUUGUGCGCUUCCUCUUCUACGCCAACCUCUACAGCAGCAUCCUCUUCCUGACGUGCAUCAGCGUCCACCGCUACAUGGGCAUCUGCCACCCCAUCCGCUCCCUCAAGUGGGUGAAGACCAAACACGCACGACUCAUCUGCGUGGGCGUCUGGCUGGUUGUCACCAUCUGCCUCAUCCCCAACCUCAUCUUUGUCACCACCAGCUCCAAGGACAACAGCACCCUGUGCCACGACACCACCAAGCCCGAGGAGUUCGACCAUUACGUGCACUACAGCUCCUCCGUCAUGGCCCUUCUCUUUGGUAUUCCCUUCCUGGUGAUUGUUGUGUGCUACUGCCUGAUGGCCAAGAGGCUCUGCAAGCCCAGCUUCCCCAGCCCCAGCCCCCGUGUGCCCUCCUACAAGAAGCGCUCCAUCAAGAUGAUCAUCAUCGUGCUCACCGUCUUCGCCAUUUGCUUCGUGCCCUUCCACAUCACCCGGACCCUCUACUACACCUCCCGCUACUUCCAAGCCGACUGUCAGACUCUCAACAUCAUCAACUUCACCUACAAGAUCACGCGGCCCCUGGCCAGCAUCAACAGCUGCCUGGACCCCAUCCUGUACUUCAUGGCAGGGGACAAGUACCGGGGACGGCUGCGCCGGGGGGCAGCCCAGCGGCCCCGGCCUGUGCCCACUUCCCUGCUGAGCCUGGUGGCCCCCUCUGUGGACAGCAGUGUGGUUGGCAGCUGCUGCAACAGUGAGAGUCGAGGGACGGGGACGGUGUGGAGCAGAGGCGGGCAAUGAGAAGCGAUGAAGUGGGACACAGCAUGGAAGCCCUGGUCCCACAGACCUGUCUGGAGCAUCGACCGUGGGUCUGAGGGCAGGUGACCAUGUGGUGUAUCCCAGGUCACUAAGACAAGACAUUUGUCCCUCCCCGGACACACACAGAGUGCUUGACCACAGAGUGCAGUAAACAGACUGGCAUUAGGGACAGUGGAGGAGCAGUCCUGUGGCACGUGGGGACAGCAGGAAUGCUGGUCGUGGUCCUGGCCAGGGUCUCUACUGAGACUUUGCCACUCAGUCCAGUGCUGCCAGUACUGCCUCAGUCUCCUGCUGCAAUGCCCUGCACUGUCCUCAGGGUGGGGACACUUGGGGGAUGGGCACAGAGCCACAUUUCAAGAGAUGCCUCCCAAAGCAUCAUCCUGGGGAAGGCGGUGAGGGGCUGUGCUGCUAAUGGUCCCCAAUAAAUCACCUUCCCCUUCUCUACA